AUGUCUUCCAGAUCACCUCUUGAUCCGAUCCCUCGCACGUCUUGCACUCUGCACCGACUUGACGAAAUCGCUGAUGAUUCUUUCGACUUUCAUCCCUGUGCUCACAUAGCCGAAGGCCCUGGCGAAGCGGAGCAUAUUCAUACCAAGCGACUUAUUGUCUGCUGCGAUGGAACAUGGAACAAUUCGAACGCCGCGGGCAACAUUUCCACAAAUGUCACCCGACUUUCGUCGGCCAUUGCGCACAAAUGUUGUUCGGGAAUGCCGCAAGUCGUCUACUACCAUCCGGGCCCCGGGACCGAAGAGUCGAAGAUAGCGCAGGGCCUUGGAGGUCUCCUCGGACUAGGUGAUAUUGCUGAUACCUACCGCUUUAUCUGCGAUAACUACAGCCCCGGCGAUGAGAUCAUUAUCUUGGGUUUUUCUCGCGGGGCCUUUGUAGCAAGGUCUGUAGCUGGUAUGGUCUGCUCUCUUGGCCUGCUGAACCGCUUCGGCUUAGCCAACUUCGGUGCCAUCUUCAGCGACUACCAGAACUUUUCUGAGUGGGAUAAGGAUACUGAAUUCGACCCGAAGAAACAUCUCAGGGGCUUCGACAUCCACAACUCCGACCAGGUAACGCAUGAAAUGCAGAGCACCAUGAACAAGUCGAACAUGAUGAUUCUGGAGACGAGGGACAACGAGAAGAUGGAGAAAGAUCUUCACAAGCAAAAGAAGGCCAUAUUCUACGAGCUGACGGGACGUUCUCAUCACGAAAGGGUCAUCGGAUACGACUUGAAGCCUGUGGAGGAGACACUCAACGAGGAUGAGAAAGCUGCGGAGAACAAAAAAGUGGGCAACCUUCAGAGAAUGGCCAACAUCUACCGAAAGCAUCUCAACGAAAGGUCUUUCAAGUUCCGGAUGCUCCUUUGCGAUAAGAAGAACCGUAAUGACCCCGACGGACGCUGGGAGCCUGUCGAGCCUGAAAUAAAAGCUCUUGGAGUGUGGGAUACCGUGGGAAGCCUCGGACUCCCAAAGAUGCCAUUCGGAAUCGAUAAGAUUCGAAGUGCUCAAGAGCUUCGCUUUGCAAGCUUCAAGGUGCAUCCUAAGAUACACAAUGCUUUCCAUGCCCUUGCGCUGGAUGAAUGGCGCACCUCGUUUGCACCCACCCUCUGGACGAACAAUGGCACGACAAAUUUGCGGCAGGUCUGGUUUCCUGGAAGCCACAGCGACGUAGGUGGCGGCGUGGAAGACAAUCAAAUCGCGACAAUUUCCCUGGCAUGGAUGGCUGAUCAACUGACCUCAGUUGGCGUGGAGUUCACGGCGUCAGAGAUGUUGCGCAUCUUCCGGACUGUGGAUCUCUACCUCGAGCAGCGACCGUGGGCUCUUGGCCGAAUUAGCAACCCGGGUAUCACCGGUCUGCCGGACAAGGCCUGGGACACUCUCUUGUACCCUGUUGAGUGGGUAAGGGGCGGAAACACCUACCACGGCACCCGGACGCCUGGCUUGUACAAAGAAGAGGAGAAGGCGACAGAGAACGUUGGCGGCGAGGAAGUCCAGGGACACGAGCUCGUCCACCCCUCUGUUCGCAUUCGAUAUCUGCAUGGCGGGAAAGACUUGGACGACAAUGGCAUAUGGCAAUGCAGAGCGUUGACGAAGAAUGGUUACUCGCUUUCCAAGUCGGCAGGGGGGAGACCAGAGCAUCUUAUAUCGCCGCCUCUGACUUACGCGGCAACGUUCAACACCCUCGCUGGCACCAUCUCCAGCGUCCAGGGAGAUAAGAACGACGUCAUUGAAGGUCUUGACGACAGACAAAGACACAGGGUAGUUCCGAGACAGUUGCCUUUCGAAGAAGAUCUUUAUAGCCCUCUCCCCAAUGAUAACUUCAACUGGGUUGAAGAGAAAGAUCUCUACAACUCCGAGGGCAUACCGCCUAAAGCAUGGGUUUGGAAGUCCGACAAGGCGACUAUCCACGAGGAGCGUAUCGGGAACUGGGAACGUCUAUAUCUCUUGGUCAACCAGGGCCACCUUGGAAGGGCCAAAGAACGGAAGUCUUUCGGGCAGCAGAGGGUUGAAGAUAUGCAGGGUAAUUCUUCAAGUGGUCAGGGCUGGUGGCCCUUUGGCGGAACCUCAGAUGUGGAGAAGAUCAAGAGAGAGAACAUUGAUAAGAGGCCUUACGGGUACUGGGAUUUUAUCACCUGGCAGCAAGGCGACACGAGACCACGUCAACGGAGGAAGCGUAUCGUGUCGAAGAAGAUGGACAAAGAUGGGAAUGUCAUCUCAUUCACUGCGGUGCUGGCGCAGUGA